ACAUUUACCUGAACGAGUUAAUGUUAUUGUAGUAACCAAACUUGUGGCAGGCGUUGAGCUCCUGCGUCAGAGUUUACGCACCAUGCGCCCCGUGUGACUGGGAGCGCUGUGAUUUCGCAUCUCUGUGCGCGCAGAGAUGUUGCAUACUGAGACAGUGCCUGAAUGAAGACGCCGUACACUCACUUUGGAGUCAUACUGUCGCACUGACUCGGACGUUAGAGCCCAUCCUGCACACGACUGAAGAUUUAAGAAAAAGAGCACAACUUGCUUUCCCUGCUUCCUCCUGAUCUCCCUCAGUCAACCCAGGCUCUCCGCUUGCCUCCACCAGCCUCAACCUGAAGGAGCUCCCACGUUGCAGCCAUGCCAAAGAACACCAAGGUGACCCAGCGGGAGCACAGCAAUGAGCCAGUCACUGAGUCGGUGGCUGACCUGCUGUCCCUGGAGCACCCCAUGGACUAUAAGAGCAGUCAGAUGAGUAUGGGUCUGAGUCCUGGCUCUACUGCUCCAGUAAAGGCCCUGCUACCCUCCCCUGACCCAGAUGCUGAGGACGGCCGACCGGCCUGGAACAACAAGCUUGAGUACAUCCUGGCCCAAGUGGGCUUCUCCGUGGGCCUGGGUAACGUCUGGAGGUUUCCCUACCUGUGCCAGAAGAACGGCGGAGGUGCAUACCUGGUGCCCUACUUUAUUCUCCUCAUCCUCAUCGGCAUCCCCUUGUUCUUCUUGGAGCUGGCGGUGGGUCAGAGGAUCAGGCGUGGCAGUAUCGGGGUGUGGAACUAUGUUUACCCACAGCUGGGAGGCAUCGGGGUUUCCAGUCUCAUGGUUUGCGGUUUUGUGGGCCUCUAUUAUAAUGUGAUUAUCGGCUGGAGCAUCUUCUAUUUCUUCCAGUCGUUCCAGUAUCCACUGCCAUGGGCUGAAUGCCCCAUCGAGAGAAAUGGAACCCAAGCCAGUGAGUGUGCAACACAAUUCACCGCACAACACAUCUGA